AUGGACGAAAAUCAGAAGAUGUUUUGGUUUGCCUGUGUUGCAUACCAACGACCCUUUACGGUAAAGGAAAGAAAAGGUUUUCAUGUGUCUCAAGCCGUAUUACAACUCGAGCCUCAAUUGGAAACAUGUGAAGCCACAGAUUUCACAUUGUGGGCAAGAUUUGAAGACAAAAACAUUCCACUGGCAAACUUGAGUUUGUCAAAUUCUCAAGUUCGACUUGAUUUGGCUUUUGGUUCAAACGAUGAGGUGACAUUUUUUGUGGAUGGAACAUGCACUAUAUUUCUUGCUGGCUAUUAUUUAGAAGUGACUUGUUCAGAAAGUGGAGAAAGUCCACCAAAAAAACGAAAACCUUUACCGCCAAGUCCCGUCUUCAAUGCAGGCGUCAUAGAAACGACACCAACGACACCCAAAGCAACUCGAUUUUCAAACAGACAUAAGCAGAAUAAACUAAUGCCGAACAGUUCAAUUGGAGGCAUUAACGACCCAAUUGGUACGAGUGACAACAGCAUCAUGAAUGAUUAUUUGGAUGAUUUUUUCUGCGGCGAAUAUUCCAUUCCGUCUGAUGCAGGUGUCACAAAUGAACAAUCGGUUCAAGAGGACGUGUGCUCGAUGCCAGUAAAUAUCACACCGGCUAAAGCAAAACGACAGCGCAACCUGAAUGUAACGCCAAAGAAUGCAUCAGCCACAAAAUCUGGUUUUGGAAACAAACCAGGUACAUUGAUGUCGAAAACAAACGCACUAGUGUCAAACACGACUGACAACAAUCGGGUACUCUCAGACCUUGAAAGUGACACAAAUAUCGUCGAAGAAUCAAUGGUUCAACAGAUUACCAUGCGCUCGCAGGCAUUACGCGAAAAGCUAACGUAUGAUGAUACUUUCAUUGGAACUGGAGCAAAAGUUCAGAAAACCUCAACAGUUGUCAUCAGUUUGGUUGGAAGAUUGGAAAGUACACAAGUCCAAGUUUUCAAGAAUGAAAGUUUGAAGUUCAAAAUAGGAAGUACAAGCGUUCCCCGUGGCUUAAGUUUGGCAGUAUUGGGCAUGGCCAUUGGAUCAGAGCGUGUAAUCCGAUGCCCGCCAAGUUUCGGAUAUGGUGUAGAGGGACUUCCACCCAAUGUGCCGCCUGAUGCAACUCUAAUUUUCGAU